AUGUCGAAGGUGGCAGUAUUCUCAGUAUUGCGACGACGACAACAUCAUCACAUGUAUCACGACUAUUCAGAAGAUGGUAUUCAUAUUUGUGUUGUGAUACACGUCGCCCGCACUCGAGGCGGGCCUUCGUCUGUCUCCCUUCAGACGCUCCUUCCUCACAUUGGCGAGGCUACGCUCCAGCAGAGCUCAGAGGGUCGGAAUGGAGACAGGCCUUCGUAA